AUGUUUGAAGUUAGUUAAAUACAAUAUGAUUUUUUGAUCAUCAAAAAGUAUAAUGAUAUCUUUUGGGUUGAAUACUCUAAAUACACCUUCCCAAUAAUCUUCAUUAUCUUUUUAAUCAAGAUAUUUAAGCCUGUAGACAAUACAAAAGUAAAAAAUUAAUCUGAAAUCAAGAGAUAAUGGCAUGAUACCUGGGUUAUCCCGUUUAUUGCUUAUGCCCCUAUUUAUUAUUUCAUUGAUGGUGUUUGCUUGAUUGUGACCAAUCUUGCUUUUGAACAGUAAUGCAAAAUGGAUAUGCUUUAUCAUCAUAUUGUUAGUGCUACAUUUUUACCUUUCAUAUUUUUAACAAAGCACAUCCCUGCAUGGCAAAUAGGACCAGGCGUUAUGCAUGCAAUGUUAAUUGUAUUUCCAGACUACACAUGGCUUAAUUAUCCUUAUCUCGCUAUCAUGAUAGCUUUUAAUGUAAAGUUAUUUUCUUAACCUUACACAAGAUACAUUUAGUAUAAACUUCUUAAAAUCGGAAUGGGAAUAUUGUAUGGAUGUUUAGUACUUUUAUGGCUUCACUCUUGUUCAAAUAGCACAGAAGACCUUCCUUCGAAAGUCACUAAUGUUUAUGCAACAUAAAAUUAUUAAGCUUUAUUUAGCUCAAUUGAUGAAAUGGGAAAAGUAAUUUUCUCAAAAAGUUGA